ACCCUGGCUCUCAUCAUGAAAGAACUGUCCAGUUGGCUUAGCCGGCUCUGACGAAAGCACCACUGGCACCACCAAGAACCAACAGAUAGGAAGCGCCAAGCUCGCUAGUAUAAAAUAUUUCGACCCGUGGCCUAGACCGUCAUUAUGUCCUGCCUAAGCUUCUUCGUUUCCUACGACUGGCUGAUUUUAGCCAUCACCAUUGCUGUUCUGCUCUACCUCCGAGCGAGUCGCCACCGCAACUACUGGAGAAACCAGAACGUCGCGCACGAGAAGUUUUCCCUCUUCUUUGGAUCUCAGAUGAAGCAGCUAUUCAAGCCGAUUCAUGUUGUAGAUCAAGAACUCUACAGAAAGCAUGGACGACUCUUUGGGUCCUUUGAAGAUGGAAAACCGAUACUUUACGUUGCGGAACCUGACCUCCUCAAGCUGAUUCUAGUCAAGGAUGCCGGGCUGACUCAGAGGAAGAUUCCCGACGUCGAUGACCCAAUAUUGAGCAAUAUCAUGGUGAACGUUGCACCUGAGCAGUGGAAAAAGCUUCGCACAGCAACAUCGCCUGCCUUUACAUCAGGCAAACUUCGAAAGAUGCAAGCCAUUAUAGAUAGCUGCGCUCAAAUAACGGCGGAGCAUCUGAAGAAGGCAGCGACUGCGUCAGAAGACGUCGACAUGAAAGGGUUCUAUGGCCACUUUACCCUGGAUGCCGUCGCAAGCUGCUCGUUCGGCGUCAAGCUAACUCCAAAUUCUCCAGAAGAAGGAUCUUUCAUCAGGAGCGCAAGAAACGUGUUUUUCGCUGAAGUAACGCCAUCUGUUGUGCUAAGCGCCUUAAUUCAGAAACUCGGCAAAACAUUCCGUCAGCGUGUCUUCAAUGAAAAGGCGUUUGAUUUCUACAAGAAUGCAACAAUCGACAUUAUCAAGAAACGUGAAGAAAGCAAUAUCCGACACGAAGAUUUCUUGCAAAUGAUGAUGAACGCCAAAGAAGUGGCGAAACAAAGUGCUGAGCCUGGAGAAAAGGCUUUAGCGAGCUCAGACUUCGAAGGCUCUGCGCAGAAACUUCAGGACGUUAAAAACUUGACCGAAGAGGAGGCCUUGGCGCAGUGCGUGUUAUUCUUCUUGGCUGGACAGGAAACGGUCUCGACCGCAACCUCCUAUGCUACCUACUUGCUGGCAAUCAAUCCCCACGUACAGGAAAAACUACAAGCCGAAGUCGACGAGUGUUUCCGGAAGCACGGAAGUUCGCCAUCGUACGAUGUGGUUUCAAAACUUCCGUACUUGGACGGUGUGGUGAACGAAACACUGCGAGUAAUGGCACCCGGUUCAAGGGUCGACAGAGUAUUUCGUGAGGAUUACAUGCUUGGUGAAACCGGAAUCAAGGUAUCCAAGGAUUGCAUUGUAGUAAUACCAAUAUACUCAAUUCAUCACGACCCAGAGUUCUUCCCAGAACCGGAAGUUUUUAACCCUGACAGAUUCAACGAGGAGAAUAUUAACUCCAUUCGUCCGUACACCUUCUUGCCGUUUGGUGCUGGACCUCGUAACUGCAUUGGAUCGAGGUUCGCGUUACAGCUUGUGAAGACCUGUCUUUUGCACGCCGUUCACAACGUACAGUUUGUGAAGGGCCCCAAAACGAAGGUCCCCCUCGAGUACCGACCAGGAUUUGGCAUAUUACAACCCAAGGACUUGGUUGUAGGUGUCAGAGAGAGGAGAAGCUAUGUGAUCACGUUCCUUCAGAGCUUGUGCCUAGAGUCUAACCCCCGAUCCGCCGCAAAGACCGUCAGCAUGUCCUACUUAAGCUUCUUCGUUUUCUACGACUGGUUGUUUUUAGCCAUCACCGUCGCUGUUCUGCUCUAUCUCCGAGCGAGCCGCCACCGCAACUACUGGAGGAACCAGAAUGUCGCGCACGAGAAGUUUUCCCUCUUUUUUGGACCCCAGAUGAAGCAGCUAUACAAGCCGCUUCACGUCGUAGAUCAAGAACUCUACAGAAAGCACGGGCGACUAUUCGGGUCCUUUGAAGAUGGAAAACCGGUGCUGUACGUCGCGGAACCGGACUUGCUGAAGUUGAUUCUGGUAAAGGAUGCCGGAUUGACUCAGAGAAAAGUUGUGGAGGUCGAUGACCCCGUUAUGAGAAAUGUUAUGUUGAACGUCGCACCUGACCAGUGGAAAAAGCUUCGCACAGCGACAUCGCCUGCCUUUACAUCAGGGAAACUGCGAAAAAUGCAAGCCAUCAUAAAUAGUUGCGCUCGAUUGACGUCGGAGCAUCUGAAGAAAGCCGCCACUGCAUCAGAAGACGUCGACAUGAAAGGGUUUUAUGGCCUCUUUAGCUUGGAUGCCGUCGCAAGCUGUUCAUUUGGUGUUAAGCUAUCCCCGAAUUCUCCAGAACAGGGAUCGUUCAUUAGGAGCGCGAGAAACGCGUUCUUCGCGGAAGUGACGCCAUCUGUUGUGCUAAACGCACUCGUUCAGAAACUUGGCCAUACGUUCCGCAAGCGUGUAUUCAACGGAAAAGCGUUUGAUUUCUACAAGAAUGCGACAAUCGACAUCAUCAAGAAUCGUGAAGAAAACAAUAUUCGGCAUGAAGAUUUCUUGCAAAUGAUGAUGAACGCCAAAGAAGUGGCAAAAGAAACUUCUGCAUCGGAAGAGAAGGCCGUGUUUGGCUCAGAUUUCGAAGGUUCUGCACAGAAACCUCAGAACGUCAAAAACCUGACCGAAGAUGAGGCGCUGGCGCAGUGCGUCCUAUUUUUCCUGGCUGGCCAGGACACGGCCUCGACCACAGCGUCAUUCGCUUCUUACCUGCUGGCAGUCAACACGCACGCACAGGAAAAACUACAAGCCGAAGUUGACGAUUGUUUCCGGAAACACGGCAGCUCGCCAUCGUACGAUGUCGUUUCUAAACUUCCAUACUUGGAUUGUGUCGUGAACGAAACAUUGCGAGUGAUGACGCCUGGUGCAAGGGUCGACAGAGUAUUUCAUGAGGAUUACAUGCUCGGCGAAACCGGAAUCAAGAUUUCCAAGGAUUGCGUUGUAUUAAUACCGAUCUACUCACUUCAUCACGACCCAGAGUUCUUCCCGGAGCCGAACGUAUUCAAUCCUGACAGAUUCAACGAGGAGAAUAUUAACUCCAUCCGUCCGUACACCUUCUUGCCGUUUGGUGCUGGACCUCGUAACUGCAUUGGAUCGAGGUUCGCGUUGCAGCUUGUGAAGACCUGUCUUCUGCACGCCGUUCACAACGUACAGUUUGUGAAGUGCCCCAAAACAAAGGUCCCCCUCGAGUACCGACCAGGAUUUGGCAUAUUACAACCAAAGGACUUGGUUGUAGGGCGUCAGAGAGAGGAGCAGCUAGUCUGCGUCGCUUACCGCACUGUAACGACGGGUCAAGAAGCGAAGAGAAUUGUCAUUAAGUGCCACAUUCUUGUCACCUCAGAGGAACCAGCGUAAAGAAGCUUCUGUGCAUGCCCUGCAGUGACCCUCUAGUAAUAUAUGCACAUGCCACUCUAUCAUCAUCAGCCUGACUACGCCCGCUGCAGGGCAAAGGCCUCUCCAAUGUUUCGCCAACUAACCCGGUCCAGUACUUGCUGCGGCCACGUUAUGACCGCAAACGUUCGCUCUCAUCUGCCAAUCUUACUUCCUCUCUCCUAAUAGCACGCUUGCCUUCUCUUGGAAUCCAGUCCGUUACUCUUAAUGACCACUAUACACCUGCUGCUUAUACAUGAAACUGCGCUUAAAUGCAUAGUACAAAAGUCAGUGUACUUAUGCGUCAUUGCGCAUUUGCGGUGAAAAAGAGCCCAUUACUCUGAUUUCAUCUGAUGCGGAUUACUGGCCUGUCCUAAGGCUUCGACAAUAUAUAUGAAAAAAUAAAAAAAUAAACCGAAAACAAGCGCCAAGUUUUUCCACGUGAACGAAACACUACUCAACUCGCGCCGACCUCGUUUUUUUUAAUGACUGAAUGGUGACUGAAUGGGGACUUACUAAGUUUUGUAUUUGUAAGAGAAAAUGAAGAGCAAAAGACAUAAAACGGUGCCCGGUCCUGUGCUCCUAAAACUUGUGUUCGCGCUGUUUAUGAUCCUGCUUUUUGACCAAAUGCAUCAACAAGCUCGAAUAACCACGUUGUUAACAGAUUAACUACACUGGACUUCACCGAACACGAACAUUUGCUCAUGAACGCAGUUGAAUCACACGCGUUAACGCAGGGCAAACUGACGAAUAAAAGGACGAGUUUGAAAUUGGGUGUAACGCUGG